UACUGCCAUUGGUUGGAAAACUAGGUUAGUGGUCCGACAGGCAUGACGGUGAAGAGAAACUGGGUCACCGAUUGAAAAUCGUUUAUGUCACAGUUCUUUGACUUUCUAUAACACAUUACCCAGCGGUCUUCAAUGGAUCGUCAAAUCGUAAUAGUUACGCUGGCUUCACCUGGUACUUAGGGAUCAGAUCAGAUUGGGAGCACAUUACCUACCCACCAGACAUCAUACAAGAUUUAAGCCAUCUGCACUGAUCUGCGUACUACUCGGCCAGUCAAGGAGGCCUGUUCCUGUUUCUUAUCCAGAUAAUUCAAGUAGCUCUUUCCCCAUUAUCUGAGGGCUCAAGAGUGGAUGGAAGGAGAUGAUUUUAACACAGAGACUGUGAUGAACAUCUGUGAUGACCUGAUGGCAGACCAAAGGAUGGACAUCUCCUCUACAAUGACCGACUUCAUGUCUCCCAGCUCUACCGACCUCAUCUCCAGCUCGAUCAGCACUCCUGGCAUGGAUUACACUCGGAAAAGGAAGGGCAGCACCACAGAAUAUCAAAUCGAUGGCUUCUCAUUUGAUGAUAUGGACUCAGACAAAGAUAAACUGGGAAGUGACCAACCAGGCCGCAUAAAGAAUGCCAGAGAGGCUCACAGCCAAAUUGAGAAGCGUCGAAGGGACAAGAUGAACAGCUUUAUUGAUGAGCUGGCGUCACUGGUGCCCACCUGUAAUGCCAUGUCCCGUAAACUAGACAAGCUGACAGUUCUUCGCAUGGCUGUUCAGCACAUGAAGACACUCAGAGGAGCAGCAAAUCCAUAUACAGAGGCCAACUACAAGCCUUCCUUCCUUUCUGAUGAUGAGCUGAAACAUUUGAUACUAAGGGCUGCUGAUGGCUUCCUGUUUGUGGUUGGAUGUGAUCGAGGAAAGAUUCUUUUUGUUUCGGAAUCGGUUUACAAGAUUCUAAACUACAGCCAGAAUGACCUCAUAGGUCAGAGUCUCUUUGACUACUUACAUCCCAAGGACAUCGCCAAGGUCAAAGAACAGCUGUCUUCUUCGGAUACAGCCCCCCGUGAAAGGCUCAUUGAUGCUAAAACUGGUCUUCCGGUGAAGACGGACAUCACGCCUGGGCCAUCUAGACUUUGCUCUGGUGCCAGACGGUCAUUUUUCUGUCGGAUGAAGUGCAACAGGCCGUCUGUCAAAGUCGAGGAUAAAGACUUUCCCUCAACCUGCUCAAAGAAAAAAGCUGAUCGCAAGAGCUUCUGCACGAUCCAUAGCACAGGAUACCUAAAAAGUUGGCCGCCCACAAAGAUGGGUCUUGAUGAAGACAACGAGCCUGACAACGAAGGGUGCAACUUGAGCUGCCUGGUGGCCAUUGGUCGACUACACCCGCAUAUUGUCCCCCAGCCUAGCUUGGCAGACAUCAGAGUGAAGCCCACCGAGUAUGUUUCCCGGCAUGCCAUUGAUGGCAAAUUUGUCUUCGUUGACCAGAGAGCAACAGCCAUUCUAGCCUACCUACCGCAGGAGCUGCUUGGAACAUCCUUCUAUGAGUAUUUUCACCAGGAAGACAUCGGCCAUCUGGCAGAGUGCCACAGACAAGUGCUGCAGAUGAGAGAGAAGAUUAACACGAACUGUUACAAAUUCAAGAUCAAAGAUGGCUCUUUCAUCACACUGAGGAGCCGAUGGUUCAGCUUUAUGAACCCCUGGACCAAGGAAGUGGAAUACAUUGUCUCCACGAACACGGUUGUGUCGUGUCCUAUGAUGGAAGGUUCAGAAUACACUCAAUCUGCUGCCUCCCCACAGAGUAUGGACAGUGUUCUCCCUUCAGACGUAGGUGGAGGGAGACGGGCAUUGCAGACGGUGCCUGGCAUUCCCGGUGGCACUCGAGCAGGAGCAGGAAAAAUUGGAAGAAUGAUCGCAGAGGAAGUGAUGGAGAUCCAAAGGAUCCGAGGCUCCUCCCCAUCCAGCUGCGGUUCUAGCCCGUUGAACAUCACCAGUACCCCUCCACCGGAUACCUGCUCUCCUGGGGGAAAGAAGAUUCACAAUGGAGGGACACCUGAGCUGGCCAGCACUGGGAUCCUUCCUGGGCCCGAUUCCGUUGGCUACCCCUACUCCAACCAGUCCAUCAUGAGCGACAACUCCCACCUGAGUAUAGACAUCAUGGAUGAGCCCGGCUCCAGCAGCCCAAGCAACGAUGAGGCGGCCAUGGCUGUCAUCAUGUCCCUUCUGGAGGCAGAUGCUGGCUUAGGCGGCCCCGUGGACUUCAGUGAUCUGCCUUGGCCUUUGUAAAGAAGCUGAAGGGCAUCAUGCAGAGAGCGAGAGAAGGCGAGAGACCCCCCCUCCCAGCGCCAGAGCCACCGGUAGAGAGAGUUCAGUCAAGCGGAAAUGGCUUUCCUGUUGCAUUUUCUUUUCGGUUCCCUGCACUCUGUUGCCAACUGCUCCGCAAAAGCGUCCUUCGUGACAUUGUGAAUGAAACAGACACGGAGAUUUAAACGUAGGAAGUGGACUCCCCGAGCUUCAAGGUGAACCCGAAUGAAGGCAUUUCCAUAAUAUAAUGUUAAGGCAGUGAUAGUUACUUCCGCAGAUGGCCUCUCCUUCAAUAGAGCAGUUGCAUUUGGCUCACUGUGCUGUGUCUGCUGACGGAUAGCCUUCUUUCUAACACUGGCUCUCUCGGUUUCGCUGUCAGCUGUCGAGCCCCCAACCGAUCCCAGACUCUCAAAACAUACAGCGGUUCCAGGCUCACAGGUGGUGUUAGUCUGCGAGUGUACAAUGCGGUGUUUGCCGGUGUCCAUUACAGUUGACAUGGGGAGACCAUCACAAUAGUUAACCAUCCGGAUCAUUGCUAAGAAGACACUUUACCCCAAGAAUUCCACAUGAAGGCAUGCUCACGUUGCGCGUACAUCCGAGGAAGACAUCCAGCUGUUAUUUCCCACCGUCACUUCAAUAGUUGAAUUGCGUUUUGUGUCUGAGGCUGAACGACUCAGUCCAAAAACCCUCUAAAAAUUUGUACUCGGUGGUCCCUUUUGAAGUGGAACUGUGUUUUUCCUCAUGCACAUGAUCGGGGGCAAAAAUUGCCGCGGCCGUCUUGUAUCUCUUCCACAAGCAAACAAAAGAAGUUGUUAGAAUGUGACGGGGAGCAGUGGUCCGAUGUGUGUUAAGACUCACACAAUUUCCACUGUCCAAA